AUAGGAUGACACUCGGUUGCGUUUUGUGAGAGAAACUAGUUACCUCUGUAUUGAAAAUCAGGUGCAAUUUAUGUUUUAAAAAACUUUCACAUUUAUCGAAUAAUGUCCUGUAUUUGCCAAUUCCAUGAUCUCGAGGACAUUGCCACCAGAGACCUAGUAGCGUUUCCUUUGCCUGCAAGUGACGACAUGAGCGCUUUCGACGAGGUGGAUAAAGAAUCAUUGGGACAUAAUGCUCCUGAGAUUAGAUUGUCCGCUUCAAAUCUAUCAGACUGCCGUGCAGAGAACUGGCUUCUUAAAAAGAAGUUACGCGAAUACGAGGUUACAAUUGAGAACCUUGAGCAGUUGGUGACUACUAUAGUUGAGAAGCAGCAUCAAAUUUUGAGCGAAAUGUUUUCCUUACGCAAACAAAACCGGGAGCUGCAAUCCGAGUGUCAUCUUCAACGCGAGUAUCACUCAUUGGAAAGAAAUGCCUUGAUGAGGGAGCUGCAUGACGCUCAAAUCUUGUGUAGAAGUCGAAAUCUGGAUACGGGAUGUCGAUCAGAUGAACAUCAAGGUAGUUUGCCACCUGGGGACACGCUUAUUAACUCUGAAUCCUCUUAUGAUGAUUUCGAAGAGGAAGACAUGAGUGAAUUGGACGACGGAUAUCAGUGCAAUAACAAAGAGGAUUAUGAGCCUUCAGAACUUAGUUCAGGUCAAAAUUCUGGUAGGACAUCACCGUCCUUAUCAAGCUCAGUAACAGAGGACUCGGAAUCGGCUGACGAAAGAUUUCUUAAUUACAUAAGCAUUAAUCAGAGCCAUACUAGUGAUAGCGAUUCGGACUAACCAGACACGAAUAUUUAUUUUUUAUAUAUUUUCAUCAAUAUAAAA